AUGAAAGAAGAACUAAACGAUAUUGAAAAUUCCGAUCUUGAGGAACUACGUGAGGUAAUUUACACCGUAAAAGAUCCUGGACCAUAUUCGUCGGAUGAAAACGUAAUAAAAGCUGUCGACGAAUGGAUCAAUUCCAAAAAAACAACGCGAGAAAAAGUAUUUAAAUUACUUAGUGAGAAGGCUGAUGAUCUUAUUUACGCAUGUAUGCUGGGACUUUUUUAUCAUUACGGUAUUGGUGUCAAAUUUAACCGUCUGAUAGCAUUUACCAGCUAUCAAUAUGCUGCUAAAUCUAGCAACGACGCGUUUGCGCAAAAUCAAGUAAUUUUACAUUCUUUCUUUAAUUUUUAG